UUUUUCCCUCGUAGUUGUAGCCUCGACAAAACCAAAGACUAAAAAAAUCACCAUUUUCCACUUUGUCAUAUAUAUAGUGACAAAUUACAACAAAACAAGUCACCACCUAUUAUUAAGCUACUUUUUCUCUACUCUUUUCCACAAGAAAGAACUAACAAGAGCCAUGAAGAGAAGGUUCCACAAAGUUUGCACUUCUCUAAAAGAACAAAGUAAUAUAAGUUAUGCAAAGAUUGCUUCAGCUGCAGGCUUCUCUGAUAUGAAUCUCAUCAUCAUAAAAGCGACAUCGCCCGAUGAUUUGCCGGUUCAUGAAAAAUACAUUCAAUAUUUUUUGAAACUCUUUUCAUUAUCUCCAUCUACAUGUCAUUCAUUUGCUAUAAGCUUCACGCGUCGAUUUGGAACUACUCGUAGUUGGAGAGUAGCGUUAAAGUCGUUGAUUCUUCUUCAUCGUCUUCUUCGUUCUGUUCAUGGAAACUCUCCUUUAUGGGCUGAACUGUUAUGGACUCGUUCCAAUGGUUUGAUCUCUCUUUACCCUUGUCAUUUCAAGGAUGCUACUUCUUCUUCAUCUACUUGUUCCAUUUCGUACACAAACUUUGUUAGUUCUUAUGCGCAAUUACUCGACGAAGCUCUUAACUGUGUUGCCUUGGACAGCAAGAAACUUGAAAACCAAAAAUACCAAGAAGAAAAAAAUGAAACUUUUCAAGAAAAGAUGAAGGAAAUGGGUGAGAUACUUGAAAUUUUGCCACAGCUUCAAAGUAUUAUUGAUAGGGUGAUCGACUGUUACCCUAUAGGAGUAGCAACAAGAAGUUUCAUUGUUCAGUCUGCAAUGAAACACAUAAUUCGCGACAGUUUCGUUUGUUACACAAAGUUUAGAGCAGAAAUUGUUGUUGUUUUGGAGAAUCUUUUUGAUAUGUCUUAUAGGAACUGCAUAGCUGCAUUCAAUAUAUACAAGAAAUCGGCAGUGCAAACAAAUAAGCUUUGUGAGUUUUAUGAAUGGUGUAAAGCAAAAGGGUUGUGUGGUUACUAUGAAUAUCCUUUGUUGGAACCAAUUCCAGGUAUACAAAUCAAAGCUUUGGAAAGUUUUCUGAGUGGUAUGUGGCAGUUGACAGAGUCUAGUUCAUCGUCAAUGUCUGAUCAGGAAUCCAGUUCGGUUUUUACGGAAGAAGAUAGAAGACAACAAAAAGAGAUGAUGAAAGGUAAUGAAGAGGAGAAGCCUUUGAUUGAUCUAGAAGGUGAAUAUGAAGAUGAUGUUAGUUGGGAGACAGUGUUGGAAUCUUCUGUUACUUUUUGUCAUUCUUAUGAUCAGAAUGAUUUGUUCAGUUCUAAUCCUUUCUCUCAACAAAGUUAUGAAUCAAGUUACUAUGGGAGAUUUCCUCACAACCCUGUGUAUCCUUGGGGUCUAUAGUGGAUUUUUUUUAUUAUUAUUAUUAUUACAUUUUUUGUUAUACAAAUAAGAUUAGAGUUGAGGUAUCUUCAUAUACAUGCAUUCGUUUUUGAGUGUGGAAGUGAACCACCAUCAAUAGUCAUUAAAUUUAUUAAAAUUAUAUAAACAUAUAUAAAUAUUUGUUU